CGUCACCCCAUGAAUUUAGCAUUCCUUUUUGAAUUUUCUCUCAGACAGCUAUUGGACAUACUUGCACUCCUACACCCCCUAUUCUCUCUCCCUCGCUUACACGCUUUCCUUUCUAAACUGCUUUAAUUUGAAACAGCCACUGAUUGCGAAACCAGACGAGACCAACUAUUUUCUUAUUAUUAUUAUUUUUAAUUUUUAUCUAGAGGGCAGCAAGGUUUUAAGACCUUCGCUGUUGGGGUUUGUGUGGGAUGCAUUGAUUCAGACACGAUCACUAGGGCAAGAGAAAUUGGGGAUGGAGAAAUUGGACAUCAAAGUUUCAGAUUUUGUGUAACCAGUUUGCCAACGAGCAAUGGCAAUUGGAAAUGCUUAUUUUGAUGACAUCAGGAGUAAACCCGAGGUUGUUGGUCCUCCUCAAAAUGAAGACAAGAUGGAUGUUGUUGAACAAGUGAAUGAUCCUGCUCAAAUUGCUUUGAAACCUGCUGUGACUGUUUCCAGCGGUGUUCGUGAACUAUUGGAAUGCCCAGUAUGCUUAAAUGCUAUGUAUCCUCCUAUUCAUCAGUGUUCAAAUGGUCACACAUUAUGCUCUGGGUGCAAGCCCAGGGUGCACAACCGGUGCCCCACUUGCAGGCAUGAACUUGGCAACAUAAGAUGUCUAGCUUUAGAGAAGGUGGCUGCAUCUCUUGAACUUCCUUGUAAAUAUAAGAGCUUUGGGUGCAUGGGGAUCUACCCAUAUUACAACAAGCUAAAACAUGAAUCCCAAUGUGUAUUCAGACCCUUUAACUGCCCUUAUGCUGGAUCAGAGUGCACAGUCAUCGGUGGUAUUCCGUACCUGGUGGCCCAUUUGAAAGAUGAUCACAAAGUUGACAUGCACACUGGCAGUACUUUUAACCAUCGUUAUGUCAAAUCAAAUCCUCGUGAAGUUGAGAAUGCAACAUGGAUGCUUACGGUUUUCAGUUGCUUUGGGCAGUAUUUUUGUUUACAUUUUGAAGCAUACCUGCUUGGGAUGGCUCCUGUGUACAUAGCUUUCCUGCGGUUCAUGGGUGAUGAUAAUGAGGCAAAGAACUACAGCUACAGUCUAGACGUUGGAGGAAACGGGAGGAAGAUGGUUUGGCAGGGGGUCCCUAGAAGCAUAAGGGACAGCCACCGCAAGGUUCGUGAUAGCUUUGAUGGUCUCAUCAUCGAACGCAGCAUGGCCCUCUUCUUCUCUGGAGGAGAUCGGAAAGAACUAAAGCUUAGGGUGACUGGAAGGAUUUGGAAAGAACAGUGAAUUGUCCUCUUCUUCUUCUUCGACUUUAUUUUACCAUAUAGGGUACUAUUAGUAAGUAGUAGAUUAGUUUCUUUUAGUAGUAGCAGUAGCAGCAGCAGCAGCCCCUGUAGUCUUCUGGUCAUAUGUUCUUCAUGGAUUUGAGGCAAACUCCCUUUGCUUGUCCAUGGAUUGCAUGAGCAGCGGGGAAGAUAAUAUGUGAUUUUUGCAAUGGUAGGAGGUAGGGGGUACGGAGUAGGGGUUUUCCUAUGUAUUGGUUAAAGAUAUGCUCAUUUCGUGGUGGCGACCGUUAGUUGUUGAAGUGUGUUUAUAAUUGGGAACUAUGAGGGAAAUUUUUUGAAUUCAGUCACUGAACCUUGCAAUGUGACUCAUUAAUCUACUAUAAUGCCGUGGUGGAGACUAGAGAUUGGACAAUAUUAUUAGUUUUACUUUUAGGCACUACAAAGAACUAUUUUUGCA